GGGACUAGUACAGGCGUACUUGUACUUAAGCCAUCGAUUCAUUGAUCAUAUCUAAUUGAUUGGCAAUGUCGGAUGAUCGGAUCACUUCUAGUGACAGCAAGUAAAAGAAUUGCCUCAAUCACGAUCGAAGAUUCAAGAGGCGGUCCCUCAUACUCCUUCAUAUCGUUACUGCCACUACCUUACCCGAAUGUUUAAAUGCCCUGUGAUUAGAAGAGAACAACUGAACCAUUGCUGACCUUUAGUACAACAUCUGUCUUCCUUACUAGCUCCUCCCCCUGACGACUCAAUAUCAUAUCCAUGUCUCUCGAUAUCAUUCCCAUCACGGUAGAUCCAGAGACCUUGUUUCGAAUGGAACAAGGUGCUCAAUCACUUGUCGUGUAUGAAUGUGAAUUACAGGAGGCACCCUGCGGAAUGUGUCUGGAGGGAACGGCCAGUGCAGUGUCUGCCCACCUACGUAGACACGGUAUCACUGGUCCGGACAGUGCCGCCAUAACUUGCACCUGGAACGGCUGCUACAAGACGCUCAAGAAAGGAAGCAUGGCAAGGCACAUCCUUACUCACCUCGGUGUCAAGGUGCGCUGCUCCACAUGCGGAGUUGUGAAAUGCCGUCAUGACCUCCUUCGUGCACACAUCAAUUCCUCGGAGCCGUGUCAUUUCGCAAUAGCCGAUAAUGUUCCAGGACCUGGAGGAUAUGUCAUUGUCCCCACGAGUUGGGCCGCUGCCCAUAUGCAUCAAGUCUGAUCCUUAUGAUGG